AUGGACGCCGUCACAUCUCCCGUAGUCCAGACGGCGAGCUCCGACGACCAUAGAAAUCGAAAUGCGCACGCAGACGGGGAGGAGGUGACAAGCAACCACAGCAUCAGAACUCUGUCGCCAGCAAAACCAGCACUGCCACUAUUAUUGUCGAGUGACGCCGAAAAACGAGCCAAUGCAUCUGCGAACACGGCCGAUGACCAGGACGGCGGCAUCCCCGUCGAGAUCGAAGGAGAUGAGGCAAACGCGACUGCCUCCUCCGACGACACGUUCCCCGAAGGCGGACUGGAAGCAUGGCUGGUGAUCCUGGGGGCGUUUCUCGGGCUAUUCGCGUCAUUCGGGUUCAUGGUAUCGGUGGGCACGGUGCAAGAAUAUCUGCAAACGCACCAACUGUCCCAGUACAGCUCGCGCGACGUGGGCUGGAUCCCGAGCGUCUUCGUCUACCUCGCGCUCGGGCUGGGGAUCUGGGUGGGACCGCUGUUCGACCGCUACGGGCCGCGCUGGAUAUCUCUGGUCGGCAGCGUCUGCUAUGUGGUCAUGGUGUUCCUGCUGGCCGAGUGCAAACUGUACUGGCAGUUCCUGCUGUGCCUUGGGAUCCUGGGCGGGACGGCGGGCGCGACGCUGACCACGACCGCAUUGGCCGUCGUGAGCCAUUGGUUCAAGCGGCGACGGGGCCUGGCGCACGGCAUCGCCAUGACCGGGUCCAGUGUCGGCGGCGUCACGUUCCCGUUGAUCCUGAGACGAGCGUUGCCGUUGUACGGAUACGCGUGGUCGAUUCGUAUUGUCGGCUUCGUCAUCGUGGCCUGUCUGGUCCUCUGCAACAUCUUGACCAAACCCAGGCUGCGGCCGUCGCCGGAAGCGAAGCAGCAAAAGGUCCUCUCGCUCGGCCUGUUUGGUGAUCUCAAAUUCACUUUCCUGACCAUCAGCGUCUUCGGGUUUGAGAUCGUGCUGUUCGGUGCCCUGGGCAUUCUUCCUACCUAUGCCACUUACAGCGGCAACUAUCCUGCCGAUACGGGCUUCUAUCUCAUAGCCGUGCUGAAUGGCGUGUCUUGUGUCGGACGUAUUCUGCCGGGAUUCUUGUCCGAUUUUAUUGGUCGCUUCAAUACCUUGCUCAUCAUGAUCGUCUUCACUUUGGUCAUGAUGUUGGUUCUAUGGUUGCCCUUCGGGACUACGAGUCUGGCUGUCCUCUAUGCGUUCAGUGCGUUGUUUGGAUUCGGUACGGGCGCGUGGAUGGCCUUGACGCCGGCCUGUAUUGGUCAACUGUGCGAAGCUGCCGAGUUCGGAAGAUACUAUGGCACACUGUACUUUAUCGGCUCGCUCGCCACGUUGGUCUGCGUGCCAAUCAGUGGUGAGUUGGUCGAGUCUGUCGGGCCUCAGAUCAUGGUUGGCUUCAUGUGUGCCAUUUUGGGCUUGGCCAUGAUGACUUUCAGCUUGAGCCGUUGGGCUUGUCUUGGGUGGAAAUGGGAGUGGAAAGCAAAGGUCUGA